ACCAGUCACCACCGCUCGGGUUUAAAUGAUGACUGCUACAAGUGAAAACUCCGAGCUGGCGUGGACGACUGUCCUGCCACCAGACAUCGCCCGUAAUCCCCGGAGCGCGAGGUUCGUUCGCGCGAGUGUCUCCAGACUCCGACCAUCUCUCGCUCUCGCUAUAAGUGCAGUGUGCGGCUGCCAUUGACUCUCGAAUUCACGGAUGAAUCUUUGAUCGAUUGACUAUUACCAAACCCCCAGCAUCAACAUGGACCACCUUCACAGGGUCCUGUCCCGGGCCAACAACAAGCCCUUUCGCACCAAGCACCUGGAGACACCACCAGCCCCCUACCUCAACGACAGCGGCCAUGUCGACUUUGCGCCCAACGACGUCGAGAACCCCCAGAACUGGAGCACCGCGCGCCGCUGGCAGAUCACCGUCGCCGCCGUCUGGCUCGUCAUGAACGCGACGUUCGCCUCCUCCUCCCCGAGCGGUUGCCUGGGCUCCAUCGCCCAGAGCUUCAACGUCUCCCGCGUCGCCGCCGGCCUCACCAUCACCCUCUUCCUCCUCGGCUACGUCGCCGGCCCGCUGGUCUUUGCGCCCCUCAGCGAGUUCUACGGACGUCGCUGGAUCUUCUACACCUCCUUCAGCCUCUACCUCGCCUUCAACUUCCUCUGCGCCUUUGCGCCCAACUUUGGCAGCCUCCUCGUCGGUCGCUUCCUCACGGGUACCUUUGUCUCCGCGCCCCUGAGCAACGCGCCCGGCGUCGUCGCUGACCUCUGGAACCCCCUCGAGCGCGGCAACGCCAUGGCCGCCUUUAGCGCCUUAGUCUACGUUGGUCCUGCCCUCGGCCCUGUCAUCUCCGGCUUCCUCGAGCUGAAGGAGGACUGGCGCUGGUCCUUUUACGUCCUGCUCUGGCUCGGCGGCGCCUCACUCAUCCUCAUGUUCACCAUCCCCGAGACGCACGGGCCGACUAUCCUGCUACACAAGGCCCGGCGGGUACGCGCCGCCAAGAUCCCCGGGUACGAGGACGUCAAGGCCCCCGUCGAGGACAGCGACCGGUCGCUCGUCGCCGUGUACAAGGUCGCCCUCACCCGACCCUGGAUCAUCCUCUUUGACACCAUCUCCUUCCUCUGCGCCGUCUACAUGUCCGUCGUCUACACCCUCCUCUACAUGCUCUUCAGCAUCUACCCCAUUGUCUUCCAGGAGAAGCGUGGCUGGAACUCGGGUGUCGGUGAGCUGCCCCUGCUGGGCACCGUCACGGGCGCCGUCCUAGGUGGUCUCAUCGUCAUGCUCGACACGCGCCGCCGCAAGCGCAAGAUUGAGCAGGGCAAGGCCAAGAUGGAGGAUCUCGAGCCCGAGGACCGUCUGCCCCUGGCCAUCCUGGGCGGGAUCGGGUUCCCCAUCACCAUGUUCUGGUUCGCCUGGUCGGCGCAGUACAACUCUGUCCACUGGAUCGUGCCCACCAUUGCGGGGGCCUUGCUCUCGACAUCGUUGCUGCUCAUCUUUGUGGGCUAUCUCAACUAUCUUGUUGACACCUACCUCAUGUACGCCGCCUCGGCCAUCGCCGCCAACACAAUCUCCCGCUCCCUGUGCGCCGCCUCCGCGCCUCUCUGGGUAAACCAGAUGUUUAGCGCCAUGGGCGUCGGCGGCGGCGGUUCUCUCAUCGGCGGGCUCGCUGCCGUCCUCGCCGUGAUCCCGUUUGUCUUCUACAAGUAUGGCAAGCCUAUCCGGGUGCGAAGCAAGUUCGCGCCCACAAAGGAGACCAUGGCGCGCAAGGGGAAGGAUGAGGAGCAGGCGACGCCGGAACAGGCGCCUACGCACGGGAGAAGGAGUAGUGAUGAGGCGGUGAGCAGUGGCUCGACGGCUCGAAACGAAGAGAAUGAGGGACCAAAUUAGACAUGACAUACAACAUAGACUUUAUAACCCAAGAUUAUUGUUAGAUACAAUCAAGCACAUACGACUUGAAUUCCCAUUGCGGAAUAGGCAAACCAUCAGUGACGCUCAAUGUGA